GAAAGAAGAAAAAAAACAGUAUUUUUUUGUGUCUGAAUCUACAUGAGAGAGAGAGAGAGAGAGAAUGGGUGCUGUCACUUGAUAUGAUCUCUUAGAGAUUCCUACACUCCUGGCAUCGCUACUUCCUCCUCCAUAGACGUCUUUACUCUCUGCUUCUUCAACGUCGACGUUUUGUCUGUCCAGCUUGAACAAAGUGGAGCUUGCUGCUGCCUUGCUGGUUUUCUCACUUCUGGGUGUCAAAGAUCGAAGACCCAUUUGCCAUUGAACGGUAAUGCAGUGACCCAUUUGGUUUCAAUGCGAAUUUUGCACAUUUCAUCUGGCAUCUCAUUGUUUUGGGCCCAAAGCUUGUAUCUUUUUAGUCAUAUUGUUGGUGUGUGAUUGGGUGCGGUUCCUUGGUUUCUGGCUCUUUCACUGUAGAUCAAGAACUUCACUUUGAGGUGAAAUGCUGCAAAUUUUUUCAGCUGGUUUUGGGAGUUUAUAUGGGUAAUAAGUAAAUCAGAUUGAGGCUUUGCAUUGAUUGGAGGUUGGGAUUAGUUUCAUAUGAAAUGCCCACACACUAGUUUGGUAAUUUUCUUGUUCUGCUGGUCAACUUUGCUGUAAUUGUUAGUAAAGAUGAAGCUUUUGACGAGGGUCGUACAGAGAACAAAUUUACUACUUUGGACAUUGUAGUUAUGAUGUUCAAUGCGAAAUAAAAUGAUGUUUUGAUACAUCAGGAUAAGUUUUUGUCCCAUGUGAUAGCGUUCGUAAGCAGGUGGAGUAUGAAAUCAGCUAGAUCGAAUUGUAUUUUGUUUUGAUGGCGUCUAUUAGAAGAACAUUGUCUCCAGUGCCUCGAGCAGGAACUGCACUAAAUGGGGAAGCUUGUUCAGUUGCUUCUCCAUUGUCCAGGUCCUCAUGUACUCACAACAACUACCCAACAUCCAAUGGAUUGUUAUCGUCUCUGUCCGCUUCAUUGGACCCUUUUGUUCUCAGUGUCUUUUCUCCAAGGUCUUCUAGGCCCCUUGAGAAGUCAAAACCAAAGGGCCAUAUUUGGAGGAGGGCACUUUCCCAUUUCUUCAUUUGUUUCAUUGUUGGGCUAUUCAUUGGGCUUACACCCUUUGCCUCAAUGAAUUUCUCCAUGAAUCUCAUGUCGAAGCAUCAAGACUUCUCCUUUGACAUGAUAUCUUCAGUUGGGUUUCAGUUGCAUGAUAGUGUACACAGAAAUGUCACACCAUUCGACAGUGUGAAAAGGAAGAAGAAUGUUACGACAGAGUUGCAAGUCAAGGAGUGGGAGGCAAAAGAUGGCAUUCUAGAGAAAGCUGUAGAUAACCGGUUACUCAUCCAAGAAUCAGAUUUGGAGUUCCGAAAGCUUUUGAUAAUUGUGACCCCAACAUAUGCUCAGCCAUUUCAAGCCUAUAAUCUGAAUCGUUUGGCACACACGCUAAAAUUAAUCUCACCUCCAUUGUUAUGGAUUGUUGUGGAGAUGACCUCCCAAUCUGCAGAAACAGCUGACAUCUUGAAGAGAACUGGGAUUAUGUACAGGCAUCUCGUUUGCAAUAAGAAUCUUACUGAUGUAAGAGACAGAAGUGUUCAUCAAAGAAAUGUUGCACUUUCUCACAUUGAAACUCACCGUCUUGAUGGAAUCGUCCACUUUGCAGAUGAGGAUAAUGUCUACUCAACUGAUCUUUUCGAGCAAAUGAGGCAGAUCAGGCGGUUUGGGACCUGGACAGUGGCCAAACUAUUGAGUGGCAAAAUGAAACCAAUUAUUGAGGGCGCGGUUUGUAAUGGAACUCAGGUCAUAGGAUGGCAUGUAAAUGAAUCAAGUAGAAGAUUUCAGAGAUUUCAUGCUAAAAUAUCAGGAUUUGCCUUCAAUAGUUCGAUACUCUGGGACCCCAAAGGGUGGCAUCGACCGACCCUUGAACCUAUUAGGCAGCUUGACACAGGCAAUGAUGAUUUCAAGGCGAGCACAUUUAUUGAACAAGUUGUCGAAGAUGAAAGUCAAAUGGAAGGUUUGCUGCAUGAUUGCUCAACAAUCAUGGUUUGGCACCAUCACCAUGAAUCAUCUAAUACCUUCUAUCCUCACAAAUGGAUCAUGAAAGAUAGCCUGGAUGUAAUUGCCUCACUUAAGCAAAACUCUUGAUGUGAAUGGAGUCCAGGUGGAUGGCAAAGUGCGGGAUAGAUUGAUGCGGAACCACAGAUAGUUUUGCCUGUGGUUACUAAUCCUCACUGCAGCUGAUGCCCGCUCAGGCUGUUCAAACACUUCACCAGUUUCGUGGGGUCAUUCAACAAAUUGGUUGAGAAUUUUCCCACAACGUUUUUCCCAGUUGUUAGAUCAGAUGCUUUUCCCCUUUUAAGAUCAGGGGUGAAAAUGAUUAUUUGUAGUUGUAUGAAAUGCCCAUUUUCCUUUGUAGGCUGCUCUGUUUACCAAGAGAAAAUUUAUUUGAUGAGCUAAUGCUUCAUCCUAAAGCCUAGAAGGAUCCAGGGGUCGUCCAUGUCAGUAUCAGCUUAAUUUUGCCUUUUGUCAUGGUUAAGGUAUUCUUUGGGUGUGGUAAUGUGUAAAAAAUUGAAUUAUUAAGUUGGUGCUUUAAGUCACUUCUUCUUUGUUA